CACCGGGAUCAAAUCACCCCAGCAUUCGGAUGAGAUCUUAGAUCUCUUCCAAACGCCCCCAUGAGAGCGAGAGAAAGAGGGCGGAGGGGGACGGGGGAAAGCUUGGGGUGUUUUAUUUCCAACGAUUUUGAUUUCGAUUUCGGGGACAUUUCCGUCGAAUCCAUCUCCUCCAAAAGCCUUUCGGGGUUUUCUCCUAUAGUUUUGCUGGUGAUUCUCUUGCCUCUGAGUUUUCUGAGGAAUGACCAUGGAGAAAAAUAUAGGAUGUCGCAUCAUAAAUGGAACAUCAUCCCAUCUGAUGCAGCAGAAUCUUGGAUCUUCUUUUUUGCUUGCCUUAUUGCUGCCUUAGUUGGAAUUUUAACGAUUUUCUACAGUAUCAAUCAACUGAAGCGAAAUUUUACUUUAAGCUUGAUGAAAGCUAUUAAAGCAAGGUCUAGAAGGAAUCUGAAAUCAAAACAUAAAGCUCUUGUUGCCACCCAUUUCUGGAAAAUAGAGUCUGCUUCUUGCGUAAAAGGUCUAAAGUGCUGUGCAUGUCUAGAGACCAUUUCACCAUCACCAUUGCCUGGGCAGAGCAUUCACCGCUGCGAUGUUUGUGGUGCAGCUGUGCACUUGAAUUGCUCUUCAAAUUCACAUAAGGAUUGUAAAUGUGUGUCUAUGGCUGGUCUUGAACAUGUCAUCCAUCAAUGGGCUGUGCAGUGGAUAGAAAUAGCUGACUGCCCUGAAGAAAUUUCAUUUUGUAGUUAUUGUGAAGAACCUUGUACUGGAUCUUUCCUUGGUAGCUUUCCAAUUUGGUCUUGUAUGUGGUGUCAACAGCUAGUACAUGUCGAUUGCCAUGCCAGCUUUACAAAAGAAACAGGUGACAUUUGUGAUUUGGGUCCAUUUAAAUGGCUUAUCUUAUCACCUCUUUUUGUAAAGGACUUGAACAGAACUGGAACUGGUGGGCUUUUGAGCUCUAUAACGCAUGGUGCAAAUGAGUUGGCAUUAACAGUACGGGAACGUACCAGGAGUCAUAGUAAAAUGUAUAAGCAAAGCUCUGAAUUGACUAUUGACUCAGCUCACAGUACUGGUGCCACAGACUCAUCCAUGGAGAGCGGAGGAGAUGGUCAUCAAACACUAAAGGGCUCUCAUGAAAAUGAUGAGCACUAUGAUGAUGUAACAUAAUCUAUACAUUAAAGAGGUGAAAGUGAUGGCAAUGUGCAUGUAAGAUCAAUUACAGGGAAAAACACAUCAUUCACUCAAUGCAAUGACGCUCGGGUAGGAAGCAAUCAGAGAUAUGAACUGAGUGAGUUGCCUCCUGAUGCUAGGCCAUUACUUGUUUUCAUCAACAAGAGAAGUGGUGCCCAACGUGGAGAUUCAGUAAGGCUCCAUUUAAACAUUCUUCUAAAUCCUGUACAGUUUGGUGUUCCUAACAAUCUUCUUCAUCUACUUGCAGAGUCAUGACAUUUUCUUUCAACAUUGGGACAUUCAUUAGUGUAUAGAUGUAAAUUACUUUCUUAUGCAUAUGUUCCAGUGGUGGCUGGUGAGUUGAUUUCCAGUUCUGUAAAUAUGCUACUUACAUUUUUGGACGGAUUCUAGAACCAAUUGUGUAUAAUUGCCUCUUGGAGGUAUAUAAGUUUUUUUUUCCCUCAUAAUUCGUGUGUUAUGUUGUCUUUUGGUUUAAAUUAACUAUUUAAUUGCAUGAUUGUUGACUUUCCAAGCAAAAAAAAAUUAUAAUCAAAUUUUAGUUCAAUUAAUGAAAAAAAAUUACUUUGCAAAGCAUUUUUUGCUACUUUUUAAUUUAUAUUUUCUUACUUAUGUAUCUGUAUGUUUUUAUGCAUGUAGAAUUUAGCCAGAAUUUACCAGUAUAAUUUAGAUUGAAUUCUGAAAUGCAAAUUCAAUGAUGUCAAAUUAAAGUGAAAAUUGACACCAUGGCAUGAUCUCCAACAUAUAUAAUGCUUAGAAAAAUCAGAAAUUCAAAAUUCCUCCUUUGCAGGUUUUCUACAUAAGCAUUGAUUGGUCAUAGAAAAGAUAAGGCUUUUAGGUUAAGAUACUAUAUUUGAUGUAAUUUUUGGUUUAGGAGCAUAGAUACCUGUUGAAUUGUUUUAUGGAUGAGUUUAUUUAUUAGAGCAUGAUCAGUUGUUUGGAUGCUUGAUUUUUUUUUUUUUGCCUACUAUCUAGUUUUUUGCCUAACGCAAAAAUCAUUAUCCAUUUUAUGAUCAUUCGGUGCAUGCGCAAGAAACUUGAGCAAUGUAUCAUUCUUAGUUCAUGGGUAUUUUAAAUAUUAUAGAGCAUGGUCAUAGGAGUGGAUUCUCAGUUUGAAUAAUGCAACAUUGAGAAAAAUCUAGUUUCAAAUUCUCCCAGUAGGAUAUUAGCUCAACACCCCUCCUUCAGCAUUUUUCCUUUCUACUUUUCUCUGUAUGUGUGUGUAGGUGGGAUAUGUAUAUUAAGAAUCUGCAACAUUUGUUAAAUUGUAUGAAGUUCUUUAUGGGUCAGUCAGACAUAAAAUCGACCAUUUAAAUUAAGAAUCCACAGAAUUGAUCAUGAUUUAAAUCUUAAAUACAUAAACUGGAAUUUUUGUAGGAUGCUUUUGACUAUAAAUCAAAAUCAAAACAUUGUAUGCCAUACAUAUUUUUGCUGACUCUCGGUCUGCGUGUCUCUCUCGAUAUGUAUUAUGGUAGAAAAAGGUCAUUCAUUUGCCUUUCAGUGGCUUUGUAAAGAAUUUAUUAAGGUAUCCUCUUACCUAUGCUCAAAACAACUCAGCUCAAAGCAAGUCAACCUAGAAAUUGGAGUUUGAACUUUUCACUGACGAGCUCCUAUUAGCAGAUACGUGGGAACCUCACUUUCUAAUAAAGAUCUGAGAUUUGAGUUUGAUAGUAUGAAACCCUGCCAGCCUGAACUGAUUCAAUCAAGUCUUUCUGUCAUUGACUUCUUUUUCUUUCAGGUAUUUGAGUUGAGUAGGGAUCAGGGACCGGAGAUGGGUGUCUCUUUCUUCAGAAAGGUACCUUGUUUCAGGGUUCUUGUUUGUGGUGGAGAUGGCACGGUGCGUUAGGUUCUAGAUGCGAUUGACAAGCAAAAAUUUGUAUGCCCACCCCCUGUUGCAAUUCUUCCAGCUGGUACUGGCAAUGAUCUUGCAAGAGUGUUAUCUUGGGGUGGUGGUCUUGGUUCCAUUGAGAGGCAGGGAGGUUUAUACACAGCUUUGAACCAUAUAGAACAUGCUGCAGUCACCAUUCUUGAUAGAUGGAACAUAACAAUUGAAAGCAUGCAUUAUGACUUGAAUCUUCAUUAUGAAGCUGGAAUGUUGCUUAACGACCCAAACAUGAGGUAGUGGUUCGGUGGCUAGAUUAAAAAAAGCAGUUGAUUCAAUGUACUUCAUUCUUUUGUGAAAACUGGAUUGCCAUCAACUGGAAUAUCACUUCAGUUAUCCUUGUUGUGGUAGUAAAUCUGAUACCCAUGUUGAAGAGAAGGUGACACUGUUAAUGACCUCAGUGCAAUUGUAGUCUUUAACUUUGCUCAGCUUAAUUUGCAGUGAGAUACAAUUGUCAUUUUUAUUAGAGUUAAGGUGAAUUAAUGUUUGUUAUUUCAUGAGUUGUUUUAAGUAUUUGAACCCUUUGGAACCAACAGAUUGUACACAUAUUAGGAGCUUAUAAGAUAACCACGGCACUGAGUGAUGUUCUUGUUCUCA